CCAACUAAACCAGCCACGAUUUCCGUGCCUGGAUUUUUCAUCUUUUCCUAAGCAGAUAAGUUGAUAUUGUUUAAAACAACAAUGAAAUUCCUUCCCAGCCACAUAAAUCUCCUGGUUUUAACCGCAGAUCCAGGGCUGAGGCUGGGGAUGAAGCUCAAAUGGGAAAGCCCGAGCUGCGUGUGCCUGCAAUGAAAUUAUAAAUCCACAUCCCGGAGCAAGCGAGCAGCAGGAGGCACCAGGAACCUCCAUCAGCAGAAGCGCUGGGCUGCAGCAAGGGAUGGGAGUUGGGAGUGGAACCGACAAGGCUGGGAGAGCUGUUGGCAUUUCUCCUGACAAAAUCCUGCACAAACGGAGCCAGUCCAGGCAAAACCACGGCAUUGGACCCGCCUGGGGUCCAGUGCUGAGCCCCAUUCCUUCCCCCUGAGUUCUGCCCUCAGGUUCCUCAGCUGGAAAGUGAAGAAGAUGCUGCCAAACCCUGCUUGAAAAGCGCUGUCAGACACAGCAAAUGUCACCGAAUGGCUCAGGUGGUGCUUGGUCAGCUGGCACGCAGCACAUCAAGGGCACAAGGCGCUGUGCAUCAGCUGUCCAUGGCCCCUGAGGCCAGGGACCAGCAAGGCUAAGGCCAGCCUGGACUGACCAGUGAUGAGUGGAGAGGAGCAACAAUUCCAUGCUGGAAGUCAGAGCCGAGGAGGGAAUUGGCCUCUGCCAUCCUCAGAGCCCAAUUAACCAAAUCACCACAGCUCUGGGAGGCUUCGGCAGGAGCGAAGGGGAGCAAGAGGAGAGCUCCAAGGAGGAAUGGGCAAUGUGGAGCCGAGGCUGGCCGUGCUGGACACUUCGCCAUUUGAACAUUCCUGGGCUCCGAUGCCUCAGCAGAUCCCGAUGUCGGAGCGGCCCCGGACCUGCAGAACGGCGCAUGGCAGAACGGCAGUGAGCCCCUAGACCAUGCCCCACACAAUGACAUGGUGGCUCCCGGUGCUGGCCCUGCACGUGGUCCUGCUGUCCCCGCGGGCAGGCGCCUGCCCCGCGCGCUGCGAGUGCGCCCCACAGCUGCGCUCGGUGCUGUGCCACCGCAAGCGCCUCACCGCCAUCCCCGAGGGCAUCCCCACCGAGACCAGGGUCCUGGAGCUCAACAAGAACCGCAUCCGCUGCCUCAACCCCGGGGACCUGUCCCCGUACCCGCUGCUGGAGGAGCUGGAUUUCAGCGAGAACAUCAUCUCCAAUGUGGAGCCCGGCGCCUUCAGCAACCUGUUCAACCUGCAGACCCUGCGGCUGCGGGGCAACCAGCUCAAGCUCAUCCCCCCGGGGGUCUUCACCAAGCUGACCAACCUGACCCUGCUGGACAUCAGCGAGAACAAGCUCGUCAUCCUGCUGGACUACAUGUUCCAGGACCUGCGCAACCUGAAGAGCCUGGACGUGGGCGACAACGACCUGGUGUACAUCUCCCAGCGCGCCUUCUCGGGGCUGCUGGGCCUGGAGCAGCUGACCAUUGAGAAGUGCAACCUGACCUCCAUCUCGGCCGAGUCGCUGUCCUACCUCCAGAACCUGGAGGUGCUGCGGCUCCGGCACCUCAGCAUCUCUGCGCUGGAGGACCAGAACUUCAAGAAGCUCUACAACCUCCUGCAGCUGGAGAUCGACAACUGGCCACUGCUGGAGGAGGUGUCCCCCACCAGCUUCCAGGGCCUGAACCUCACCUCGCUCUCCAUCACCUACACCAACAUCACAGCCGUGCCCGCCGCUGCCUUGAGGAACUUGGUGUACCUGCGGUACCUCAACCUGUCCUACAACCCCAUUAGCACUGUGCUGAAGGGCUCCUUCAAAGACCUCAUCCGGCUCCAGGAGCUCCACAUCGUGGGCGCUCUCCUGGUGUCCGUGGAGCCACAGGCUUUCUCCGGCCUGAGACAGAUCCGGCUGCUCAACCUCUCCAGCAACUUCCUGUCCACGCUGGAGGAGAGCACCUUCCACUCGGUCAACACGCUGGAGACGCUGCGGGUGGACAGGAACCCCCUGGCCUGCGACUGCCGGCUCCUCUGGAUCCUGCAGCGGCGGAAGACGCUCAACUUCGACGGGCAGCAGCCCAUGUGCUCCUCACCUCCCGAAAUCCAGGGCAACGCCCUGCGCGACUUCCCGGACUCGGUGCUCUUCGAGUACUUCACCUGCCAGAAGCCCAAGAUCCGGGAUCGGAAGCUGCAGCACGUGACGGCGCGAGAGGGGCAGUCCGUGUCCUUCCUGUGCCGGGCCGACGGGGAGCCCGACCCCUCCAUCGCCUGGGUGUCCCCCCAGCACCGCAUGAUCACCACCCGCAGCACGGGGCGGGCCACGGUGCUGCCCGGGGGCACCCUGGAGAUCCGCUUCGCCCAGGUGCAGGACAGCGGCACCUACAUCUGCAUCGCCAGCAACGCCGGUGGCAACGACACCUACUUCGCCACCCUGACGGUCAAGGGGCGCCUGGCCGACGGCGCCCACCACGCCAACCGGACUUUGUACCUCAGCGACUUCAACGACACCUUCCACAACGACACCCAGGUCUUCUUGAAGUUCACCUUGGACCUCAAGACCAUCCUGGUCUCCACAGCCAUGGGCUGCAUCACCUUCCUGGGCGUGGUGCUCUUCUGCUUCCUCCUGCUCUUCGUCUGGAGCCGCGGCCGGGGACAGCACAAGAACAACUUCUCCGUGGAGUAUUCCUUCCGCAAGGUGGAUGGUCCCACCACCACCACCGGCCAAGGAGGGGCCAGGAAGUUCAACAUGAAGAUGAUUUGAGCCUCUCCCAGAGAACCGUUGUCUGCUGCCCAGCCCUGGGCACGGCCGCGGCGGGACGGGGCUGGCAGGGCUGUGGGAGCACCGGCUGUGUCCCAGAGCUGGCAGCGUGACCUUGCUGUGCUGGGAUGUGGCUGGAGACAGCGGUGCCACAGGCCAGCAGGGUCGGAACUGUGGGGACCUCAGGGUCGGGGAGGGAUGACCCCGAUGUCCUGGCCCCAUGGAGAGCCCUCAGGGCUCAGGGGCCGUCCCAGGGGCUCCCGAUGUAGCGAGGUUUUUGCUACCAACUAUGCAUUUCUCGAGCCAAAAGAUCAGCAGCGUUUGGGCCUGGGAGAAAAAUGCUUCCUGGUUUUUUUCCCCCUCCUUCCCUUUUUUUCUAAGGGACUCUUCAAAAAACUUUGCUGGUAGUUGUUUAUGGUUCUUUUCUUGGUGUUGGUUGGGGGUUUUGGUCCAAUUUUUUGUUUUUCUUUUUUAAAAAUGAAUUUCCAAGAGAAAUGUCUUCCGGGGCGAUGCGGGACUGGGGAGGUUGUGCCGAGCUGGGGGGAUCCCCCAGCCCCUUGGCAAAGACAGACCCCCCCCCGGGCACAGAUGUGCCUUGAGAGCUUCCCAUCUGUGGAUUUAAGACCCAGCAUCUGCCAACGUGGGUGCCCGGGGACGCUCCGGCACAAGCAAUAAUAACCCCCCAGGGCCGGGCUCUGAGGAGGUGUCAGCGAGAAGAAAAAGGGAAAUAAAAAGAUGAAAUGAGGCCAAGAUAGUUAAAAUCGGGAAGAGCAGCCCCAGGGUGAGGCAAGGCCCCAUCUCUGCACCCGCCUGAGGGGGGUUGGGAUUCCUGCGGGUUCAAAAGGCACUUUUGGGUUCAUUUUCUUUGAGUUGCAAAGUCGAAGUCUGCAGGAGAGCAGGACCUGGCUCGUCCUGUGCAGGGAGACCCUACAGCCCGGGGAAGAAGAGGAAGGAAAAGCUGAGAACAAGCAGUCCUGGAGAACAUCCUGGCUGACACCUCCACCCCGGAUCCUGCACCCUCCGGCGCUGAGGACCACGGGUCAAUGUCCCCGGGGCUGCUCCCUGCUGCCACAGGGGCGGUUCCUGCCUUCCCAUCCCACCCCUUCCCAGGCUUUGCCCUGGCAGCUCAGGGCAUGGAUUUUUGUGUGUGGGAGAAGGAAUGGAGCCAGAAUGGAAGAGCCUGGAUGUGACCUGGAGGAUCCAGGGAGUUCAUUGCUUCCUCCUCCUCUUUCUCCUCUCAUGUGCACCCUGGGGGUUGCUGCACGUCCCACCUCUGUCCCCGUUCCUGCAGGGACGUUCCCCACCUGGAUGUCCCUUCUCCAGCCAGUGAUGGUCAGGCUGGGAGCUGGAGGGGACAUCUGCCCAUCCCCUGACUGGCAUCCCAGAGUGGCAUCCGAGGGGUUGGGAGCUUUGUGGGCCACAGGUGGCUGCUCAGAACAUCCCCCCAACCUUGUCCUGCUCUCACAGGGUGCCCUCCAUCCAUCCAUCCCUCCAUCCAUCCCUCCAUCCCUCCAUCCAUCCCUCCAUCCAUCCCUCCAUCCAUCCCUCCAUCCAUC